CGCUGAUUGGCUGCUGCAACCCCCGUUAAAGGUUUGAAUCCGCUUGCGGCAGAAGCGAAGGCACGACUGGAAGAGUUAUUUAGGCACAUGGGAGAAAUAGGUGGCUGCCGAAAUCAACGCGAAAGGGAAAGGCAGCAAGAAGACGGCGUCUUUUCAGUGCAGACAUUUUAGCUGGUCUCGACUUCUGUGUUGCCUCUGCGUUUUCAGUCGGACGGAAUGCAACCAGGCUCCGUAUCGGACGGUCGGGUUCGCUGCACCGUAGCGAUCGAGCACCUGGGUGCUGCUGCAGCAGCCCCGAAUCGUGUGCUUCUCCGCGAUGCUUGGGUCACACUGGGCCGGGACGAGUUCCGUGAGCUGGUUCUGCAAGUGGCCAGCGCCGGCGGUCCGGGGCGCCCCCAGAACUUCCCCUUGCGGCGGGGUGAAGUGCGACUGUUCACACGCUUCAUGAAGGAGGGGAAGAGCUCGGUGCAGCUCGGUCCAAACCACAAUCACGUGCAGCUGCUGCUCUCUAAUUGUCCUCCGGAUCGGCUGCGCCGCUUCGUCCAGACGCUGCGCAUCAAGCAUGCAGCCGCCCAUAGGGGAACCAGGCCUGUGGCCGAGCGAACGCGGCUUCUCGCUAGCCUACCGCGGACGUUCGACACGGUGAGCCCGGUGCAGACUCGCGACUUGCAGCAGGCGAGCGCCCGGCAGGCUCUGACUGACGUGACAAGCACCCCGCGGAAUGGUCAGCCCUUAAGCUGCGCGUCUCGGAAGCGGAUCCGAAGUGAGUCAGUCGAUGCGAAACAGGUGGCUGAAAAGCAGCAGGUGAAGAAGACUUGGUCCAUGUGCUCUCGAGCAAAACUCUCCCAGGAACAGUCAAUGGUGUUGAAUGCAGUGCUGAGCGGGAAGAAUGUUUUCUUCACAGGCAGUGCUGGGACUGGGAAAUCCUACCUGCUAAAAAAGAUCAUGGCCUCGCUGCCUCCAAACAGCACUUACGCCACAGCUAGCACAGGGGUGGCAGCAUGUCAGAUUGGUGGCACUACUCUCCAUGCCUUUGCAGGUAUUGGUUCAGGAAAGGCCUCCCUACAUCAGUGCAUUGAGCUGGCUCAGAGACCUGGAAUUCGGCAGCAAUGGCUGAACAGCCGCCAUCUGAUCAUAGAUGAAAUCUCUAUGGUGGAGGGGGAUUUCUUUGAUAAACUGGAGGCAGUAGCUAGAGCGGUCAGGAAAUGUGAGGAUCCAUUUGGAGGAAUCCAACUCAUCAUAUGUGGAGACUUCUUGCAGCUGCCUCCUGUCAGCAAAUCCUCUGAGCAGCCUAGGUUCUGUUUCCAGGCAAAGAGCUGGCGCAAGUGUAUCCACCUGAACAUGGAGCUGACAGAGGUGCGGAGGCAGACUGACAUGGACUUCAUUUCUCUUCUGCAUACUGUCCGCCUGGGCAGAUGCACAGAGGAGGUUACCAGACAGCUAACUCUAACAGCUACCCAUCGGGUGGAGAAAGAUGGAAUUUUGGCUACCCGGUUAUGCACCCACAAGGAUGAUGUGGAGCUCACAAAUGCUAGAAGGCUGGAUGAGUUGCCUGGAGAACGAAGGUCCUUCAAGGCAGUGGAUAGUGACCCUGUACUGGUGAAAACUCUUGAUGCACAGUGUCCAGUAAGCAGCAACAUUGAACUUAAGCAAGGUGCCCAGGUGAUGCUUACUAAGAAUCUUGAUGUGUCCCAGGGUCUUGUGAAUGGGGCUCGUGGAGUUGUGAUUGGAUUUGAAACGGAAGGAAAAGGGCUACCGAAAGUGAGAUUUCUGUGUGGCGUCACUAAUGUUGUUGGGUUGGAACGAUGGGUUUUAAAGGGACCAGGAGGAACUUAUCUGAGUCGCCAGCAGCUGCCCCUGAAACUUGCCUGGGCCAUUUCCAUCCACAAGAGCCAGGGUAUGUCUCUGGACUGCGUUGAGAUUUCCUUGGCUCGUGUUUUUGAAUUUGGCCAGGCUUAUGUAGCACUUUCUCGAGCACGUAGCCUUGCAGGUCUUCGCGUUCUGGAUUUUGAUCCCAAGGUAGUGAGAGCCAAUCCAUACGUGUUGCAGUUCUACAGGCACUUGAAGAGAGAAAAAUUUCUAACCCAGGCUUUGCUGCACUCCUCUAUUCAAGCUAAUAAAGAAAAUGAAGAAUCUGCCUGAACUUGACAUAUUUUUAUUACUCCUUGUACUUUUAUUGAAUCUACAUCACUAAGUGGGAAACUUCUUCCAUGAAGAAUCAGCUCAUGGGUUUUCUGCACUGCAGCUCCUGAUACUUCCAGGAUCA